GGAAAUCUCUCUCUCUAUCUUUCUACAUCUCUACCAUCCCUAAAAACUGUUAAAACACUUUAUACAGAAUCAAUGGAAGCUCUGUGGAAUUUAGAAGACAAAUGGAACUUAUCAACCCAAGAAGCUGUUCUCUUCUUUGCUUGCACUGGUUUUCUAGUCAUCGGACUCUGCGCUGCCACGGCUCUUAAGAGAAAGGCUAAAAGAAACAGAAUUGUUGAUCAUGAACCAAGAGUGGUAGAUUCGGAAGAUGCAAAAUGGUCCGAGUCACGACCAGGUUGGGGCUCGGUUAAGAAAGUUUUGAUGAGCUCAGUGCGGUGGAGUGGGUCAAGUAAGUGGGGGGAGAGCAUGAGGAUGGGGAGUAGAAGAGAGGGGCCAUUGCUUUGUGGCGGAGGAGGUGGAGCUGAGGUGGGGUGGCAGAGUCACAACUCGGUGUCGCCGGUGUGGCAAAGGCCGAUACUUAUGGGUGAGAAGUGUGAGCUGCCAAGGUUCAGUGGGCUUAUUCUCUACGAUGAGAGAGGCAGACCACUGCAUCACUCUUCAUAUGAAGGAAAUGCUGAAAACCAGGAGCAAACUGCUGUGAGAACUACCCUGAGGGAUUUGCUAUAA